CUUGAUUGCUAUGAAUUGGGUUCCUCGGUUCACAAAUGUCAUCUACAGAACUCUACUAGAUCUUGUCUUGUCUCCUCCUUUGGAGGCUCCCGGUGCGGAUGAUGAUGAUGAUGACUUGGAUCUAUUUGGUGAUGAGACGGAGGAGGACAACAAGGCAGCAGAGGAGAGGGAAGCUUGGAAAAAGUCAGCAAAGAAGAAAGAGAGUGGAAAGUCUUCUGUACUUAUGGAUGUUAAACCAUGGGAUGAUGAGACUGACAUGAAGAAAUUGGAAGAAUCUAUUCGAUCUGUUGAGAUGCCUGGGUUUUUUUCGGGAGCAUCAAAACUGGUUCCUGUCGGCUAUGGCAUUAAGAAGCUCCAGAUCAUGCAUACUAUAGUGGACGAUCUUGUUUCUGUUGAUACCCUUGUAGAGGAUCACCUCACAGCGGAGCCCUGCAAAGAAUAUGUUCAGAGUUGUGACUUGCCUCGAACGAAAUUUAAACGACUUUUUAUUUUACAGCCUUUAGAGUUAGCCAACUUUAGCCACGUUAUCGACCUUUUGUCCCUUGUUUUUCCCCCCAUAUUAUUUUUGUUUGGCCUGUGCUUGCUACUGCUUCUGCUCUAGA